AUGUCAAACAUUCCGCUUUCAGUGUUUAUGAACGGGUAUUUGGACCCAGCCCAAGUCGUCCUAGGACGUCUGGUGCUGGACAUGAAGAAUCCUGGGCAGAACUUUUGCCCACAUGGAGAACUCCAACUCAGGAAAGACGUCGACUUCUCCAAAGCACCUUUCUCAAAUCUGAAGUCACUCGCAAACGCCGAAUCUCCUUCUCAUUUCAAAGGAGCUUUGUCGAAGAUCCUCAACGUCUUCGCAGAACGGUCCAGAACCUCGGUCGACGAUAUCUCAACAAGUGCUGCGACUCGCUAUCAGCUACUCAACGUCAACAUCCAAUUUGAAUCGAUCUUCAAUAACGACGAGGGCAAAAAAUGGCUAGAAAAAGUGAUUCUGACUGGUAGCGAGGUAUAUAUGGUUGUCGGAUUACAUACUCUCCAAGACGCCUCGAUUGGUCUGGAUUGUGCUGCUUCGAGCGAAGCCGGAGCGACGCUCCAAGCACCAAUCGCAGAUAGCCUUCUCCCCGGUGCUUCUGCGAUCCCCGGAGCAGCCCUCGAUGCUAAGUUUGAGGGUGGGGUUAACUCGAAAAGCUCGCUAGGAGCUUCAUUCGUGGCUCCAGGGGAGAGAAUUAUCGCAGUCCAAUAUCAGAGGGUCAAAUUCCAGAUGUCUUCAUCGAAAAGUCCUAAAGGUAUCGCGGAUGCUAUAUUGGAUAAGAAGACGGUAUGGAAGUCAUUUGGUUCAGCUAGAGGUGGAGCUGACUUGGAUACUUUUGAGGCUACGUUAGUGGAGAAAAUGACGGAGGAUGACAUUGGGGAGGAUGUUGAGGUUGAGGGCACUUGUGCUGACAAUGGUCAGGUGUUUGCCAUCUUGUUAUGA